ACAAAAUUAAAUCAGUCAAUUAUUAGUCGUGUAAAUUGCUUAAUUAAUAAGUUCAAAUAAAAGUGGUUUCUCAAUCAUAAAUAGUGACAAAAUGGAAAAGAAUGAAGUUAAUUCAAAAAAUGCAUCCAUUUGGGAUAAAUGUGAAAUUUUCAUAAAUACUGCAAAUCAUUGCCUGAUUGCAAUUACAACGUUUUAUCUCGUAUGGUAUUGCCUACAAAAUUAUGAAAUGACUGGAACGCUCACACAGCACGCAUGGGUUACUGCAAUUGGAUAUCAAGUGCUGAUGGCUGAAGGCAUCAUGACAAUUUAUAAAGCCAAUUCAUUAACGUUUCUGUCAUCAAAAAGAGAAAAGAAUCAUCUUCAUUGGAUAUUACAAGUGAUUGGUGGCACUAUGGCUUUAUAUGGCUGUAUAAUUGAAAUAAUCGAUAAAGAACGUGCCGGUCGAAGACAUUUUAGAUCCUUGCAUGCAAUUUAUGGUCUCGUAUCCAUGAUAUUUUUGUGUAUAUCAAUAGUCUCCGGGUUAACAGCUCUAUUUUCAUUCGAAGCACGAAGAUACCUUAAACCAGUCAUAUCUAAGUUCUCACACAAUAUUCUUUCACUUGCGGCAUUUGUGACUGGAAUGGUUUCACUUAUUUAUGCGUGGGUCGAUAUAAGAUGGGCAUCAAGAUAUGAUCCAGGCAAUUUGAGAUAUAUGAGUGCAUGGGCAUUAGGCUUUAUUAUAUUUUUCUCAUCUAUCGGAGCUCUUAAGUCAUUGUUGCAUCAAUCAAUUGGAGUUGUCAAGUUACUUUCAUGCAAAUCAGACAAGGAAGAAAGUGUCAAUGAUAGUGAGAAGCAAUGAGAUUUACGUGACUAGCACAGCUAUAUAGAUAACAAUCUUGAGAUUAUUUUUAAAAAAUUUAUUGGGAAUAAAAUUUAAAGUUAAGUUUCCAGUAGCUUAAAAUGAGAAUUUAUGAUGUGAGUUUAGUGAGAACUUUGAAACCUUAUAAAAUAUCAGGAACAUGACUAUUCAUGCACAAAAUUUAAUGUUUGCGACGUGAUUGGACGAUUUUUAUUAUUAUUGAUUAUUUUAUAUUUAUUUUUCACGAGAUUAUUGAAUUUCUUGCAACAUGGAAAAUGAAAAUAAGUUCAAUCGAAUGAGAUCUGGAAAUUGAAAUCGCAAGAAUGUGAAAAAAUUAUGGCAUGAAAAUCUGAUGAGAAAAUUGAAUUGCUAUAAUAAACGAAGAUAAUUUUGCAA